AUGCGUCCUCUCACUGAUACAGAAACUGAACGCCUCUUUGAGAAGCUUGCAAAUUAUAUCGGCCGUAAUAUCACCCACUUGAUUGACCGACCAGAUGACCCUCACUGCUUCCGCAUCCAGAAGGACCGGGUUUAUUAUGUCCGUGAAUCAAUUGCAAAGCUAGCCACCUCUGUCGCUCGCGACUCCCUCCUCUCUCUUGGAACCUGUUUAGGAAAAUUCACAAAGACCGGAAAAUUCAAACUUCAUAUCACAGCGUUAAACCAUAUUGCGGAACAUGCGAAAUACAAGGUCUGGGUGAAGCCCAAUGGAGAGAUGCCCUUUCUGUACGGGAACAAUGUUGUCAAGGCACAUGUUGGUAGGAUUAGUGAGGAUACACCGGAGCACCAGGGAGUUAUUGUCUACUCAAUGAAUGAUACACCGUUGGGGUUCGGAGUAACUGCAAGAUCGACUGCCGAAGUUAGAAGGCUUGAUCCUACUGGCAUUACGACCUUUAGGCAAGCAGAUGUUGGAGAAUACCUUAGAGACGAAGAUACAUUGUUUUAA